AUAGCUAGCUAGAUCUCUUCUCCAUUCGUUUACCUGAAGCACAAGAAUAAACGCAGCCGGGCAUGGGCGAAGCUAAGCUCAACAACGUGACCGUCCUGCUGGUGGCCCUCCUCCUCCUGAGCAGUGGCGUUCAGGACGCUGCCGCCAUGCCAGGCACGUUGAACUACGACGCGAUUGUCGCCGACGAGCCAAACGGAAAGAACAAGGACCUGUACCGCCCCGUCGCCAACGCCAAUAAAUACACCCGCGGGUGCGAGCCCAUAGAACGCUGCAGGGGCGCGCGCUGAUCACCAAGCAUAUACAUAUAGCACAUCGAUUUCUUAUUAUUGCAUGCACGUUUAUAUAAGUGCUCAUUGUCUUGCUGUUGUAAGUGCCAGCACAAGCAUAUAUACGGCGUUUAUAUA